UUUUCCGCCUCCUCUUCCUCUUCCUCCGCUGCCGAACACUCCACACACGGCCACGUAGCUCGCUUGCUAACGUUUUCUAAUUAACCACUAAGGUUGUUUAAAAGAGGUUGUAAAGAAAGCCUAACUAUUAAAGUUUUAUGGAAUUUGAACAAAAAAACUUUAUUGAGUUUAUUUUUUGUACAAAUGAGGUGGCUACCGUUACCUGUUCCUAGCUAAACUGAAAAGCGCUUUAAAAACAAACAAACAUUUUUUUAAAGGUAAUUUCUACUGGAUGGAGUCAGAUGAGUCAGAGCCCGUGCCGUACCGAGCGAUGGAGAAGCGCCAGGCUGAGCCGGAGAAGGAGGCUGCCAAGGAGGGCGACGUGACGGAACUGAAGCUCUGCAGCGUUGUGCUGGAUCGUCUGGAAAAGGACGCUGAGGAAAAAGAAGACAUGAGUCGGAAAGCUGGCAAGCUCGUCUCCCGAAUCCCAACGUUCCAGAAACGGUCCGCGGUUGGCGGUCAAAUCACAGACCCGCCUGCUUCCAGAGGCGAAACACCGCUCCACGCCGCUUCCGAGGCCACUGGCGCUGCCGAGGAAUCUAAGCGCAAACCACCUGAAGUCAAAGAAACGGUGUCGGUUCACACCCCCAGAGUGGGCGUCGGAACGGCGCCUGUGUUCAGCAGCGAGGCUCAAGCUGCUUUGGGUGCUUUCAGCGGCUCUGCUCACGCAGACUGGAGUUUAUCCGAGUCUGCUCAGAGCCCCUUCCUGAGCGUUAGCGCCCGGCCGGCGCUCAGACCGGAGCUGCUCAGCUCAGAAGCCGAAGCUGUUGGAGCGGAUGCGUCUACAGGAAUCCUCCCACACGACGAUUCUGCCUGUCCAAAGCAGACCAGCGACACAGACCAAAGCCCCGCGGCUUCAGGAGACGAGGAAAGGUCUCCUGCAGAUGUCAGCCCCACCCGUGGCGACCAAGUCGCCGCCAUCAUGGACGAAGAACCACCCUGGGAAACGGAGCCGAUGAGUACGGCUGACAUAAGGGACAGCCGCUCUUCAUCAGACGCCGAGGGUGAUGACAAGUCAGACGAUUCCGAACAUCUUCAGCUACCCGUUAGCCAAUCAGGAGCCCCGAAUCUCUCAGAGAAAGAAGCCAGCAGGGAGGAGUCUUCUGUGGCAGCAGAGUUUUCAUCAAAGAGGUCGAGAGGCUCCGGGUUUUCCGCCGGCCUCCUCCUGCUUCUCAGCCUGCUGCUGCUGGGGGGGCUGGGUCAUCACGUUUGGCGCUAUGGGCUCCCCAGGUCUGCGUCUGAGCUCACAGCCCAGCUGGAGCUGCAUUGGCUGGAGGGCUUUGGUCUGAAGCCAGAGCCAUGCAGCGUGGACUGCAGAGUGCGUCUGGUGGAAAGCAUUCCCGUCGGGCUCUACGAGUCUUCUCCUUCCACGUGGCCGAGCAUCGCAGACAGCUGGCUGCAUCUGCUGCACAGAGCCGAGCGCUCCGUUCAGAUCGCUGCUUUCUACUUCACGCUGCGAGGCAGCGGCUCUGCUGACCCCUCUGACUCUCAGGGAAGACAUGUGUUCGAGCAGCUGAAGCAACUCAGAUCCAGAGGCGUGGAGCUCCAAAUCGCAGUGAAUGCUCCGCAGGCGUCCAGCCAGGACACGGCAGAGCUGGCCUCUACCGGCGCUGAAGUUAGGGAGGUGAACCUCACGGCUCUGACCGGAGGCAUCGUCCACACCAAGCUGUGGGUGGUGGACCAGAAACACGUGUAUCUGGGCAGCGCCAACAUGGACUGGCGUUCCCUGAGUCAGGUGAAGGAGGUGGGCUUGUCUCUGGAGGACUGCAGCUGCCUGGCCCAGGACGCCUCUCGGAUCUUCGGGGUGUACUGGAGCGUCGGGGGGGUCAACGCUUCUCUCCCUCCAUAUUGGCCCGCGAGACUGUCGGCUCUGUCCAGCUCGGAGCAGCCGCUUCACCUGAAACUCAACGGAGUUCCUGCUCGAAUCUUCCUGUCUAGCGCCCCUCCCCAGAUCUCGGCACGCGGCCGCUCCGACGAUCUCGCCGCCAUCCUGUCCGUCAUCCAUGACGCACAGGAGUUUGUUUACAUCUCUGUCAUGGACUUCCUCCCGCUGUCGCAGUUCACAGAGCCGGUCAGGUUCUGGCCCGCCAUCGACUCAGCUCUGCGCGCCGCGGGGUGCACCCGGGGCGUGCGGGUCAGGCUGCUGGUCAGCUGCUGGGAGCACUCGCCGGCGUCCAUGUUCCCCUUCCUGCAGUCCCUGCUGGUGCUCGGCAGGCCGCCGCUGCGCUGCAGCCUGGACGUGAAGAUCUUCCGAGUUCCCUCCACAGCCGAGCAGAUGAAGAUCCCUUUUGCUCGAGUCAACCACGCCAAGUUCAUGGUCACUGACAGAGUGGUCUAUAUAGGGACGUCUAACUGGUCUGAAAACUACUUCACCCACACUGCUGGCGUGGGCGUAGUGGUGAACCAGACCGGCUCCACCGUGGAGGACGGCCAGCAGACCCUGCAGAGCCAAGCAGAGGAACUCUUCCUUAGAGACUGGAGCUCCGAGUACGCCGCCGCGCUCUCCGUGGAUGACCAUAACGUCUGUCCAAAGUGACACUGCAGCUUCCUGCGGCUUGUUGGACCUUGUUUUUUUACUUUCCCCCUCUUUGUGCCCACAUUUUGCUGUAAAUAAAUUGUUAUUGUUUUAUUACAAGUUGAUUUGAAAGGGGCGAAUCUGCUGAGCUUUCUCUCAGUGUUGAAGUGUUAAAGAAAGGAUCUAUGCAAACGGUUACAGCUUAAAGAAUGAAAUCUGCAAACAUUUAUUUAUUUCUGUUGACCUAUUUCUGCUGUUGAGCUGGUAUUUUUAAAGAGCCACUCUAAAGUGUUAGCUUUCUUUAUGAAGCUCUUCCGGCUCUGCUUCCCUCUCCUCAAUGACAAAGUAUUGAUGCAUUCAAUGCUCCACACUGACUUUAUAAAAAAACUGAAAAAUGAA